AUGGGCUCUGAGAACCAAGGACGUCCCCGAGCGCUUUCACUGGUUCAACAGGAAGAUGUGACAAGAUUUUCACCGGUCAAGAAGUUUAGCAUCGGGUCUGAGGACGAAGAUGACGGUGAACGCCAGCUCUUGACCAUCCAGACCCGUGCCCGAAGAGCGGCCUCACCACCGCCUCCAUACCUGCCUGAUCUACCGCCAGAUAGGUCUACUGUGGAUUCGGAGUCAAUUGCUUGCAGCCUCUACUCUUAUACUUAUUCUCAGAACACUGCACAGCUUGUCCACUCCAGAUUGCAUGGCGUCUUGCGAGUUUUACAGCGCAUUCAGACACGCAACCCCACUAACACCGUUCCAAUGGUGCCUAUUAUGGGUAAGAUGGCCAACUUUCCCAUUGCACAGGACCACGGUCCCGACAAUAUCGAGGCGUAUAUCCGGGUUAUUCAAAGUGCAUUAGACCUGGAAUACGAUCCCGAAGCCGUGGUCGCCGAGGCACCACCGCCCGAUGAACAUGCCACAAAACAACGCUUGACAGUUCCGAUGGUGAAUUUUUUCCGAAGAGAAUCCUCCUCUUGGCUAAAGUCUGUGUCCAGGAUUUUGCCCGAAUAUAAUGACAACGUUGAAGAGCUUUCCAAGUCUUCGGACGGUGUGAAACUCUUGGAGCUGCUCUCAACUCCCAUCGUUGAUUUACAGAAGCCCAUUCCGGAAAAACCUCGUCUGUUCCGCCGAAGCUCCUCAUACUUUUCUAUGCCGUUGCUCCAGAAAACAUUCAAACCUGAAAGUGCUAGUCCAACCCUCCCCACCGACGACACUGUCCUUUCUGUGCCGAAGGCGGCUUACGACCCAACCCCUCUCUGUCAGAUUCCGAACAAGUACGCAACACGGGCCGCCGUGUUCACCACGACCCCGCACGCUCCUUUCAAAGUUUUAGGCAUAAAUGAUAUUGCAUGUCUUAUGUUUGGCGUCGCCCAACAUGAGGCUAUGGACCGCCCCAUGGUGGAUUAUUUCACAGAAGGAGCGCGGGCCAGGAUUCUUGACGAAGUCGACAGACAACCUCCUUCUAUUUGCAUGUGUGGCCGACUUUUGGAUAUUGUGAAGAAUAACAAUGUCACUGGUUUGGCUUCUCUCUGGGUCGAAAAAUCCGACAAAUGCGUCGUUUGGCUCGUUGAAGAAGUGGAGCAUGAUUACAUUGAAAUCGUCGACAACAAGGUCGAUGCUCCGCCAGCUUUCAGUCAUUUAAAACAGGAUUCAUUCCCGGGGCUGUUUUCAAAAUCACCUCACGAUUUGCACUAUUACUGGACGCUUGUCGCUGACCGAAAUGUCCCUCUGUUGGUUUCUUACAAUGAAUCCUUUAAAAUCCAGAUUCGUGCUCCCUUAACGAUUGCUGGCGCUGUGAUUGUGGAUAAAAAGUGGAAUGUCGUCCGCUACAAUUUGUCUGCGAUUCACAAUAUGCUUGGUAUGGGUCUCGAAUUAGUCGGACAGAGUGUGGACGCUUUGUUCCCACGUUUCAAUCACUAUCGUAAAGAGAUUGAGCGUAUCUGCGACGUCCCCUUGAUGUCCCCUGGUGUCGUUAUACCUGAGCAUCUGUUUCGAUUGGUUGCUAGUAAAACAGCUGAGAACUUUUUCGAUCCGUACCCCAUCAAUGGUGUUACGGCUCUGAAUAGAGAUGGUCAGGAGCUGUUUGUCGAUCUUCAAGUCCGAACUAUUUCCGAAGAAACUCAGGUACUUUGGGUGAGCUAUUCAAGACCUCCACUUGGCGAAGAGCAAUGCAUCAUUCCUUCUCAAUCCAACUUGCUCGCUAUCAGUCGAAGAAUGUCGGCUACCCCUUCUGGUUCGACCACUACGGAUCUUGUUUCCCCCAUGGGUACCCCAUCAUCUAGUGAAGCGACAACACCGCUAUUAACUAGCAAAGAUUCGGCCUCCCCUAUGACCCCAACUUCGAUGCUGCCUCCAGCCGGAAAGUAUCUUGGAGAGUCUGGCGAAGUCAGUACUCGUGACGCUGCUCCAGCUUCACCAUCCAAGCCGGUCCUCCUUAGAAGGGUCGGAUCCUUACGGCGGGUCCGCAAGUUCGAAGAUUUCAAGGUCAUACGGAAAUUGGGAGAAGGCGCUUAUGGUGAAGUUCUACUGGUAUUGAAUACCAAAGAGCCUCAGCAAGGCGAGGUCGCUCUCAAAUGUAUCGCCAAAGAUCGCAUUCUUGUUGAUACAUGGACCAGGGAUCGCCGUCUGGGUACUAUUCCCAACGAAAUCAAAACUAUGAACAUGCUCAGAGACCACUGGCAUCCCAAUAUCAUCGAGCUUAUUGACUUUUUCGAAGACGACAAGUACUAUCAUGUUGAAAUGGUUUGUCAUGGCAAUCCCGGAGUUGAUCUGUUUGAUCUCAUUGAGUCAAAACCUAAGAUGACCGAGAAAGAGUGCCAGGAAAUCUUUUUCCAAGUCGCCAGCGCUGUCCACCACCUUCACAAACUUGGCAUCGUGCAUCGUGAUAUUAAAGACGAAAACAUAAUUGUAGACCUGAACGGCGUGAUCAAACUGAUCGACUUUGGCUCUGCCGCGUUUACAAAACAGGGUCCAUUUGAUGUCUUCGUUGGAACGGUUGAUUAUGCGGCUCCUGAAGUGCUCGAAGGAUUACCCUAUGAAGGGUAUCAACAGGAUGUGUGGGCGCUCGGUAUUCUGCUUUAUACAAUUGUGUACAAAGAGAACCCGUUCUACAAUCUGGACGAGAUCAUGAAGGCUACCCUUAGAAUCCCCCAUGAUCUAAGCGUUGAGUGUAGCGCGCUGAUCACAUCAAUUCUUGUUCGUGACUAUAGAUCGCGUCCAUCCGCUUCAGCUAUCAUGGAACAUGUCUGGCUCGCUGAUGAGGUUGAAGCACAUAAGAACAUUGAAGGGUAUGAUUAA